CUCUCACACACGCACAGAUACACACCGACACGAGUGUGGGCAUGCGUGCAUACACAUACACAUUCAGAGGGGGAGGGAGGCUUCUGGGUCCCAGAGCCGAAGGGGCAGGGAAGCGUGGAUGGACGUUGCUGCCAGGAGGCUGCGGCUGCGGAGGGGACGGCGCUCUGGGCAGCAGGGGGCAGCAGGGGCCAGGGGCCGCCAACCACCAGGCGGGGUGGGGCGCGGGGGCGGGCGAAAGGCGCCCUUAAAGCACCUGCCUCCCGCAGGUGAGCGCCCGCAGCCUGCACCCUGUCUGCCCGCCCGGCGGCCGCCCUUGAGCUGCCCCUCGGGAGCCUCCGCGGAACCCGCCCUUAGAAUUCACUCUCGACAGCCCUGAACAGGAGCCACCAUGCAGUGCUUCAGUUUCAUCAAGACCAUGAUGAUCAUCUUCAAUAUGCUCAUCUUUCUCUGUGGCGUGGUCCUGUUGGCGGUGGGCAUCUGGGUGUCCGUUGAUGGGGCGUCCUUCCUGAAGAUCUUCGGGCCGCUGUCAUCCAGUGCCAUGCAGUUUGUCAACGUGGGCUACUUCCUCAUCGCGGCCGGCGCUGUGCUCUUUGCGCUCGGUUUCCUGGGCUGCUAUGGGGCUCAGUCUGAGAGCAAGUGCGCCCUCAUGAUGUUCUUCUUCAUCCUCCUCCUCAUCUUCAUCGCCGAGGUCGCUGCUGCUGUGGUCGCCUUGGUGUACACCACAAUGGCUGAGAACUUCCUUGAGCUGCUGAUAGUGCCCACAAUCAAGAAGGAUUACGGUUCCCAGAAAGACUUCACUGAAGUCUGGAACACCACCAUGAAGGAGCUCAAGUGCUGUGGCUUCAACAACUACACGGAUUUUGAGGACUCCCCCUUCUUCCAAGAGAAACACGUAUUUCCCCCAUUCUGUUGCCUCAGCGCCAAUGGCACGGCCAUGGGAGCCUGCACCAAGGAGAAAGCAGAGGAGCAGCACGUCCAGGGCUGCUUCAAACAGCUUCUGACCGACAUCAGGACCAAUGCCGUGGCAGUGGGUGCUGUGGCGGCUGGAAUUGGGGGCCUGGAGCUGGCGGCCAUGAUCGUGUCCAUGUAUCUGUACUGCAACCUGAAGUAAGUCCACAUCUGUCUCCGCCGCCGCCACGUGAGGCCUGGGAAGGAGUCUGGAGCUCCCACACAGCAGUGAUGGGGGGACGCAGGAUGGAACUGGAGUGGGUCCCGGCUUGCUGCUCUGGACUAUGGCCCAAAAGGGGACUCCGCCCGACCCCAUUCGGAUCAGGCUGUGCCUAACUUUCCCUUCCAUAGUGGGAUUGGGUCCACCUGGUCCAGAGCCUCAGAGUAAACCAGUUUUCCCAGCCAGUCCGCCCGUCUGUUCCCUAAAUCUUGACAGGUCCCAGCUCUUCCCCCAAAGCUUCAGGGGUGCUCUCAGGGAUCCCAGACCACUGGGGGAUGAGAGAAAGGGGCCCAGUGGCCUAGAUUGAUGCAUCAACAGACACGGGGUGGAUGUGCAGGAGCUUCCAACUCAUAAGCCAAUUAAAGAAAUUCCACUUAGA